AUGCCUUGUGAGUUUCUCCGAGCUCCUCCCUCUUCAGAGCAGAAAGUAGAAGCACCUUCAAGUGGUCUUUUCUGCAUCAGCGACUGUUCCACGUGUCCUCUAAUUUGUUCACCUCCUCCGCAAAUACUAAUAACAACGCCACAUCCUCCACCACCAUCAGCCACUGCUCCUCCUCCUCCACCACCGCCACCACCACCUUUCAAACCCUACAAUACGCCUCCUUCAGGUUUGGCCCAGCCACAGCCUACGGUGAUCUCAGCGCCGCAUGACUUUUCAUAUCCCUAUUACUAUUUUUAUGCUUCCGCUGCUUCUUCUUCCCUCUCUCUUCAUGCACCCCUUUUCGCUUUCUCAUUCUCCCUUGUUGCUUAUUCCAUUCUUGGUACGUAA